CAUAAUUGUUCACGAAUACGGUUAGAAAUCUCAGGCGCCAGAAUAACCUAUCCCGAUGUUGUAUAUUGUUAUUGGUGUUCGUUCUUGAUCGUUUUCAGGGAUAACGAAGCUUCUUCAGACACUCGUCUCUGGCGAUUGAGUUUCUUUAAUUGUAUCAUGCGGAUUUUCUAGAAUAUCAGAUAUGGUUAAGGGAAAAUUUCAGACAUACUUUCCGUUUGAAAAGGAUUCUAUGACAUAUAGCUGCCUUCAUUGUCGCGCUCAUCUCGCUCGUCAUGAUGAUCUUAUUAGUAAAUCUUUCCAGGGAAGUCAAGGUCGUGCUUAUUUAUUUAAUCAGGCUGUAAAUGUUCGUUGUGCUGAAGCUAAACAGCGCGUCUUAUUAACUGGAUUACAUUUUGUAGCUGAUAUAUUUUGUGCAUGUUGUGAUACAGCACUUGGUUGGAAGUAUGAACGUGCUUUUGAACCAAGUCAACGAUAUAAAGAAGGCAAAGUAAUCAUUGAGCUGGUACAUUUAUAUAAAGAUAAUAGUUGGGAUGCUGAAUGGUUGUAUCCAUUGUAUCCAGCUACAACUACUACAACUACUAGUACUGCUGUUUAUACUAAUAAUUCAAAUAAAACAAAAGUCACAUCUGUAAAUUGUAAAAAGUCACAUUCAGUCACUAUAAGUGAUUAUCAUAAUUAUGAAAGUGGAAAAUUUCAAUCAUCAUCUCUACGCUCUUCACAGAUUCCUGUAUGUAAAUCUUUAUCAUCAACUGCUGACGGUGGUAUAUUCGAGUCGUCGACAACAGAUUUAAUUGAUGUAAAUGAUGAUUCAUACACAAAUUUUGCUCAUCACCAGCAACAACAUCAACACCAACAUCAUCAUCAUUCUCAUUCGCAUUCUCAUCAUCCUACAUCACACAAUCAUCAUCACCAUCAUCAUAAGCAUCAUUAUCACUCGAAUUCUUCAUCUAUCUCUUCCUCUACCUCCACGUCAACUUCAUCGUCAUCUUCUGUUCACACACAACAAUCAUCAUAUACAUCUUUAAUGCCUAACGAUUCAUUAUCAUAUCGGUUAAGUUCAUCGUUGAAUGCAACUGGUUGGGCGUUUCGUAUACCACCUACAGCGACAUCAUCAUCAAAUAAAGGCAGUCAUAGUUAUUGUAAUAAUAGUGGUAGUAGUAAUAGAAAUACAUGCCUAUUAGAUUUGUCUGAUUCAGGACGUGUUAGUGAUUAUCAUCGGAAUUCUGCAUCAACAUCAAUAACUGAUAAUAACAACAAUAAUAAUAAUAGUAUGGGACAUUUAAAUCCUGUCUGUUCUAUUGAUAAUAAUAACAAUGAUAGUAAUAAUGACAAUAAUAAUGAUGAUAGUGGUGUUGAAAAUAAUGAUAAUGUGACAUCAGAAAGUGUAUAUACUACUGCUACUGAUAAUAGCUGUAAUCCCAAUAAUAAUAGUAAUAAUAAUGGCAAUCAAAUCAUCAUAAUGAAUGAUAAUAACAGCAAUAAAAAUCAUACAGAUCAUGAGAAGUUUACAAAAUCGAAAUCACUUACUCCUAUUAAUAUGAAACUGUUUCCUGAAGGUCAGUCAAGUAUUGUCACUAGUACUAACACUACUACGGCUAGCACCACUAACAAUAAUAAUAAUAACAGUAAUGGUAUUACAUCUGGACAUAAUCGACUCGAAGCAAAAUCAUCUGAAAUGUCUACUGUUGAUAUGCAUGCUGGUAAUAGGAACAAUCGUAUACCAAUGGAUGAUAUAUGCUUAAGAAAAUUAUCUCAGUUUUCAACUCCACAAGCUAGACGAAUUUCAAAAAUUAAUCCAUCAAAUCUACGUGUUACAAUCACAUCUAGUUUAGGUAAACGUGGUCGAAAACGUUCAAGACAUCGACGUCGAGCUUCUUCUGCAUCACCAUCAAGAGAUUUUCUCCUACCCACUGGCUCUGAAGAUGAAGAAACCGAUGAUAUACCUGAAUUAAGCGAUUUCAAUCAUCAAUCGCACAAUGUUGUACAAGUACAACAAUAAGUACAAUACCUGUAACUCAUGAGACGAUACAUAGACAGAUAAACUUGGUUCCCAAUUAUCCUCUUGGAUUUCGGUGAAACCUACAACGCACACGCACACAUACACACACAUAUAUAGACAAACUUCGUUGAAAAGUGCAAGAUAAAUCAUUAUCACUUUAUAAAUGCUGUGACUUUAUAUUAAUAUUAUUAUUAUUAUUUCAAAACAAUUCAAGAAAACCAUAUGUCUUUCGAGCUUUUAUGUGCAUUGAUAAAACAGAUUAAUUUAUUCAAUGAAAAGUACUCACUUCUAGUUGUCCCAUCUGCCUACCUGCCUGCCUGCCUUUUGAUAUGACAUAUCUCCCUUAAUUAUUUCAUUGUUUAUUUAUACCUCGUUUUGUUUGUUCUAGGUGUACUUAGUUGUGUAAAAAAAUACUUUCCCCCCCUCCUGUUACAUACAUGUAGUGGGGCUAGGGGUAGGUGGUAGAUGGGUUGGAGUAUUCAUUUUUCACACAUUAUUAUUAUUAUUAUUAUUCUCAUCAUCACAACCCAACAUACUUAUAGCUAUACAUUCACUUAUAUAUUUAUACCUAAAUCUAUUCACUGUAUGUCAAUAAUGUCCACUUUCUAGGUGAAGUUAUCGUGUCCAAUCAGAAUAGCUUUUGAUCGCGUGACUUAUACAACAACAACAACAACACCAAUAACAACAACAAACAAUAAAAUAAAAACGAAUAUAUAUAUAUAUGUAAACCUACACAUAUGCUGUUAAUUUCCUUGGAACAUUUUUUAAUAUUAAUUAUGAUAUUAUUGAUUAGCAAACAAAGGUAACAACAGGAUUAUUAUGCUAUCGAAAAUUACCAAACAUAAAGAAUAAAGAAGUAAAUAAGUGACUUGUGAGGCAAUUCAUGUUCUGUGAUAAAAAAACAAUUAUCUGAGUUGUUGAACACGUUGAAAAAAUGAUUACGAUAUGUAUUCAAAUAUAUACAUACGCAUAUAUUAUUGAAUGUAAAAUUUCGCAUAAAACUAUUAUUAUUAUUUUUAAUAAACUCUUCAGCUUGAGUGAUUUGUGUCUUUCAUCAACUUAAAGAUAAGAAAAUGGUGGAGUGGUGGGAGAACCAACCAACCAACAGCUUUUUCUCCUAACUAAUUACAUAAUCAUCCUAAAAUCGGGGCAGGGGGGAGGCAUUACCCCCGCCGUCUCCUUUCUCGCCACUCUCCCAACUCCUAACCACCUCCUUCCCCCGGCCACUUCUCAGUUCAAUUCAUAAAUAUAAAUAAACAAUUUACACAAAAGUGUGUUGAUAUGAGAAAAAAUAGACAACGCCUCUUGUGAAACUUUUAAUUACACCCUUCCUCCUUUUUACCUAUCCAACUUUGUAUUCAUUAAAUUGUUCUUACUUACUUAUUUAUUUAUUUACUUAUACACACUUACUCACACUUGAAAGAUUGUUCAGUCCUGCUUUCAUGAUGAAACAAGAAAUGAUAAUAAUAAAUGCAAUAUUUUAUUCUUAAUCUCAUGGAU